UUGGUUUCCCCCGGCCGGGCCUCUAUUUAGGUACGCUUCCCCAGCUUCCAGUGUCUGGCCAGCUUCUGGUCCCUGAUUUUCCUCAGGUGGGCAGGUUUGUGAACAUUAAGAGGUCUGGGUCUUGCAUCCAUUCCCCUCUAUCUCUGGGCAGUCUGGCUGACAAGGGAAGAAAUUUUGGCUGCUGGGCAAAGCCAGGCUGCUGGAAGAGUCAGGAUCCUGUCCGGUUCCUGGGAGGCCGGGAGAACAAGCAGCGCGGCUUGCGGAGAGUGGAAGGCAACUGUCCCUUGGAGAAGGAAGCAUUUCUGAUUCAUCUCUGUACCCUGCAUAUGCACAGCCUGCCCAGAGCCAGGCCUAAAGCCAGGCAGACACAGCCCACACCAAUCGUUGACCCCCAUGCACAUCAAGUGGCCCAAGAGCAUAUGACUCACCAGUACAACCUCCCAGAAAGAGGUCCAACCUCCAAUCACUCAAGGCCUAGGGCAGCAGUGUUCCAAGUGUGGUCCCAAGUGUCCCUGGAUGCUCUAGCCCUGCCCCAACAUCCUGAGAGAGCAUCUCUGGGGUGGGCCCAGAACUCUGUUUAACAAGCCCUCCAGGGCAUUCUGAGAAGCAAGGACCACUGUCUUACGAAAGAGGAGAAGAGAUUCCUUGUUGAUUUCAGCAAGGAGAACUCCAAGAAAUUGACUUUUUCCACUUCAACACAAGUCAUGUUUUAAAUAAUCCUGUCUGUCUAAAGAGCACUGUUCAGUUUCUUUAGAAGGAUUGCCUGGAUGGCAAAUUCUUUGCCUCACUGCUCUAAGCACUUCACAAGGAGCUCUGCGAAGAAGAAGAGAUGCUUGUCAGUUCCGUGACUGUGUCCCCAAAGUAGAGACAUCCUCUUGCCUUCCCUGGAUGAGCUGGUCUCACAGCUGCCACACGGGUUGGAGAAAAGACAGCUGUCACUUACCAACCAGCCGUUUCCCUUCUACUUCCUAGCCUCCAGCAGGAAAUGGAUAACAAUGUCAGCAAAUGUCAGUGUGAAAAGAAGUUUUAAAACUACAGAUCCUAAAACCCAACAAGGCAGGCACCUGCAGCCCCGACUCCUGUAACAGAGAAAAAGAAAUUUCCACUUUGCAAUUGCAUCUGAUCAUCAGGAAGCUCUAGUUUUGUGGGAAGAGAGCUGCAUCCGACCCUUCUGGAAUCACACCCAGAGGCACCAGCUGGCUGACGGGGACAGGCUUCCUGGCUGGCAGACGAUGCAGGGGAGUAAGAAGUGCGCGGAUGGCUUCAGCGACUCCUCAAGCAUUGGCAGUGUGCUGGACGACGCAGACAAGGAGGUGAGCAGCCUCACGGACCGCGCGUUCCGGAGCUUGUGCAUCUCAGAGGACGCAUCCUUCCAUGACUCCGACCUGGCCCUGUCCCCGGAUACCACCCGCCAGGUGUUUGGGAAUUUUCACCAGGGAAUAGUGAGCCACACACACAGGAAAAGCGGCGUCUGGAGUCAGUUACCAUCCCAAGGCACUGAGCAUGCAGGCUGGGCAGCCACAUUCCAACAGCUGCCCAAGUAUGUUCAAGGGGAGGAGAAGUACCCCAAAGGCAGCUCCCCACUGACACCAGCCCAGAGGCGACUGGAAGUGCCAGUUUCUGGCCUGAGGAGCAGCAACAAGCCUGUUUCCAAAGUGUCAUCUCUGAUCAAAUCUUUCGACAGGACCGAGAGCCAGCGCUGUGACAGCCGGCCUCCUGCAAGCAAGCCUCCAGCUCUCAAAAACCCCCCCAAAUUUGCUCCUCUUCCGGAAAGUGGCGUCAACUUCUGCUUCGAUUCUGCCUUUUUGACCGUCAGGAGGGUGCCUGCCGAAGUCUCCAGCACCCAUCAGACCAGCCACCAGCCUGGCCGGAAGCACGGAGAGCAGGAAGCCCCUAAGAAUCCCGAAAUGGCCAGUCACGGCCCCAGCAGCUUCCUCCCAACACCUGAACAUGCAGCCAGUUCAUUUGAGCCAAAGUUCCCCUCUCCUGCCCACAAGGCAGCCACCAGUGAGCCUGGAAGGGGCCAGGAGUGGGCUCGCAAAGGGACCUUUCUCCAUAGUGAGAACAGUGCUUUUGAGUCAUGGAAUGCCCACCAGCCGAGGCUACCCGAGAGAAAGGAUGCUGCUGAUGCUGUCCCAGAAAGCAAGGCUCUCAAGCAUUAUGAGGACACGCCCUUGUUAAGAGAGCCCCCGGCCCCUGAGCACGAAACCUCCCCCUGCCGUGUCCGGGCCAACUGCAGUCAGGAAGAGAACAAGAUGGCUGCAGGGACUCUCCCCACAUCUGGAACCUGGGUGUCGAGGGAUUUGGGACCCCAGAUAUUUGCUAUGGAAGAAAAAACUUCCAGCUCACAGGCUGACCCUCCUCCAUUGAAACCAACCCAUGCCCCCUGGAGGAAACCAAAGUCUGGCAAUGGAGGGAAAGACAGUCUACAAGAUGCUUCGGAAGAGAAGAAACAGACCAACUGGAGAGGCCCAGCCUUAUAUACAAAGCACAAUCCCCAGGCGCAGUUUCCAGAAAAGGAUGCUCUUGAUAUGCCUGUGGAGCCGCACGAGCGUUACGAUCCUCCUUUCAACAUCAGUAAGCUUCUGACCCCUGUCAUACCCACCAAACAGCUCCUGGAACCAUCUGAGAGCCAGCCGGCGGAGAUAACCCCUUCACCCCCAGGACAGCUAAAUGGAUACCAAGAGAAGGAGCCCAGUGAAUGUCAGUCCCGGGACAGCUACAAAUCUAAAGCCCCCAGCCUGCUGUUCAACCUCAAAGAUGUGCGGAAGCAUGUCAAGAGCACGUACAGCCCCUCGCCUCUCAUGAAAGGCCUGGAUGAGAAAACCAGGGGCAAGCAAGAAUCCCUGAGCAACGGCGGACUCCUUCCCAAUGGGCUCGAGGAAAACCCUCCAGAUGGGUUCUCUAAGGAGACACCAGAUGACGGCCCUUCUGUGCCACUCACCAGUACCCAGAAGGACCCCAAAGCUGACCCUGACGCAGCCUCUGCAGACAACUACCUAACUCCCACCUCACCAUCAACUAUCACCAAAGCCCCCUUCUGUGUCAACGGCGAGGCUGCCGGCAGGAACAACUAUGAGAAGGACGAUACCAAUGGAGAAUCCGAGUUGGGUGAUGCCAGGCCCAGCUGGCGUUCGGACUCCAGGCAACGCCGCCACAGGAGACAUCUGUCCCUGAAGCUUUGCAGCGAAGACCCUGAGGCAGGGAAGGCUGCAGAGACCCCAAAGACCUCUGGCCUAGAGAAUGGAUUCUUGAGAUCCAUCUCUCAAGAGACAGAACCCGAGAGAGAGGCAGGACUUCAGAAUCCAAACUUCAACCCGAAAUUCUCCCCAGGGCCCCUUUCUCCCGAGGAGGAAGAUGUGUUUUAUAGCGACAGCCAAUCUGAUUUUAUGCCAGGCCUCAAAAGUAAGGCCAAAUUCAGCACCAGCUCUUCAGAUCAGUCCUUUGCCUCGUUCGAGGAUCAGCAGAAGACGUGGUUCACUGAGACCCAGCAGGAAGAAGGCAGGAACGGCAUGAGUGCAGGUAACGGUGGGAAGGAUGAGCAGGAGAAAGUGACGGAGGAAGAUGAGCUAGAGUACGGUGCCGUGAGUAACGGGAGUACGUGCGUGGACGAGUACAGCAAGCGGGAAUCCUUGCCAGAAGAAGAAGGUUUGCCAGGAGGGAGCCCCGGGAAGGUGCCGAGGGAGGAAGCUGAUUUCAGAGGCGCUGGGACAGGGGGGAGAAAGCCAGACACAGCUCUGUCACAUGCCAAAGGUCCUGCCCCUUCACCAGCUUCCACUUCAAACAAGCACAUACUCUUCGCAAUUAAAGACAACACCCUGAGGGCCACCCCCGUGAUCAAACCCAUCAUGCUGCCCCUCCUGAGGUCCAUGUCCUCAGAGUCCCCACUGGGCGGUGGCCACAAAGAAGAAGAACUGCCAAGGCCAGGCUGGAGCGGGGAUGCUGGUCUCUGUGCCCCUGAGAGCCAGGAAAUGCCCAGCACACUGACACCCACCAGUGCCCGGGGCACACACGUGAAGGGGGUGGCCUGUGAGGGGCUGGAGGACCACGAGUGGGUGCCCAGCGUCGCCAGGUCGGAGACCUGCCAGGCAGCCCCAAAGUGGUAUGUUCCAUCUUCUCCAUUCACAGGAGAGGGCCAGGGGCUGAAACCACCCCAAAAGGCCACACAGAAAGUUAUGGUGAACAAUGGCAAGAGCGGUUCAACAGACCCGGUGAAGCUGGAUGCUCCAAGGUGCAUCCCUACCAUAACUUUGCCGGAAGAUGACCCAGAAGACCAGCUACCGCCACAGCAUCUGGGGACCUUUUGGGAAGAGCAGGUGCAAGGCUUCAAUAGUCACUUUCUGUCUACCCCCAGAGCAGGGCCCCCAGGGAGAAGACGGGUCACCGGUGAGCUGGCGGCUUCCCCCAAUGCCAGCUCCCUGGAGGAGAGCAGUGCAUGCUCCCCGGCUGCCAGCAGCUUUGGGGACGAUGCUUCCCAGGCCCCCAGUGAGCCUGGCCCGCUGCCAGGGGAGCCUCCGCGCAGCAGCCCCUGGGCCAGCCCCAGCCCUGGCAGGGUGGCCCGGAGGGAAGAGCUGACCCAUGCCCUCGCGUGGGAGCCUGGCUCCGACCCCCAGCUGGGGCCAUCAGCUGAAGACCUCAGGACGCUUUCUCCAAGAGGCUCACUGCUGGACGUGGCCGCCAGCUCGGCCGGCCUCCUGGAGAAGCCAGAGCCUCCUGCUCAGCUGGAGAGGGCGGCCGGCAAGCCACCCGCAGUCCCGCCCAAAACAGAGAAGGCCCUGCGGCGGGCAAAGAAGCUGGCAAGCAAGAGGAGAAAGAUCGACCAGCCACAGGAAAAGCAUGGGGAACGCCGCGAAGAAAAGCUGAACCCUGAGGACUCAGAGCGGAGGCCACUGUCCCCCGGAGAGAGGCCCCGGCCCAGGCUCCCCGUGGUCCGCGCCCUGCCCCCUCCCGCGCACCGCCACUCCGUGUCAGCCCUUUCAGAGCCAGUCCAGAGGAGGCCCGGGGGGCCCCAGUCCCUGACACCCCAACCCCCUUACCCUGCCACCCAGAAGGUCCUCCAGGACCCCCAGUCUGGAGAGUACUUUGUCUUCGAUCUGCCGCUCCAGGUGAAAAUCAAGACCUUCUAUGACCCAGAGACAGGCAAAUACGUCAAGGUCUCCAUCCCAUCCUCUGAGCGGGGGUCCCCUGAGCCAACCCCGCCGGACGCCCUUGCUGCUCCCUACGUGCUCUACCCCGGCUUCCGGCCCCUGCCCGUGACGGCUCUGAUGCCCCUGCGCUGCUCCUCCCAGCUCUCUGCCCCCACCUUCCUAAGGCAGCGCCCUCACACCACCGAGGCAGCCGGCCUCAGGCCCCAGAGCGUCCACGAUGUGGGCCUGCAGCUACCCUCUGAGGCUCCCAGCAACCCCACCCAGCCCUCUGCAGGCCAGCACCCCGAGGGGCCUCCCCAGAGUGCAGGGCAGGAGAGGGGAGAGGCUCCAAGCCUGGGCAUCAUCUCCACCAAUGACCUAGAGGACUUUGCCACAGAAGGCAUUUCUUGAGAAUCAUAGUGGACAAACCUGCCCCCGGCCCCGCGACAAAACCAGAAAAGCUACUUCCCUCUCCCCCCGAACAAUCACACACAAACAUACACACAUCAACUCAUACUCAGCUGUUUGAGAUCCCUAAAAUUUGUGAGGAAGCCGGGAUCCUGAGCAAACCCAACCUGAGGGGCUCACCUCCCUGGGAGGGCACUGCUCUGCUCACAUAAGUAGAGUCCCUUCAGAGCUCCUGGAUCCCAGACCCACUCCUCGUCCUUUCUCCUUCCCUCCCUGCCUCCCUGUCCUUCUCCCCUGACCCUGGCACCCAUGUGUGUCCAGCCUGAUUCCUAACAAGCCUUCCCUUCAGCAUCCCACCCACUCCUCCUCAAGGGCCGACUCACAGCCUGAGCACAACUAAGGCCCCCAGAAACCCUGUACCCCGCUGAGCCCUGCAAGCACAUGACCCAGCACACCCCUUCUAGGUCAGGUCACACAGGGGCCACCCCACCCUCGCUCAGACCCAGCAGCCCUUCCAGCUCACCCUAGUGGGGAAACAGCUGAGGAGCAACCCAAGGCCAUCUUGCAGAAAUAUUUAUUUGAAUAGAAUGGGUUUUCCUUACUGAAGAAACUUUCCUCUGAAGGCUAUUUUCUGAUCAUCUUGUAAAAAGUGAAACAGGUUUGCAGAUGA